CGUUGCGGCCCCUCGGGGGCGGGGGGGAACAUGGCGGCCCCCAGCGGCCUGAGCGCGGCCCUCCGGGGGCCUGCGGCCGGCCCUCUGCCGUCAUGAGCGGCUUACGGCGUGUCCGUGUAGAGAUACACGUGUGCUUGCGUAGAAUUGGUGAGCAGAAAACUUGCUUUUAAUGAAAUAUCCUGCACGUGCUGAGAAACAAGUCAGAAAACCCAGCCAAAAGCUAAUGUCGUCUGAAACACCCACAGACAGUCCAGAGGUGCCAAUGGAAAAUACCCUGUGUCCUGAAGUUCCUGAUGUGGAAGGAAAGGCAAAGCCAAAUGACAGUCCAGUAGAGAGACUGGAGGCAGGCUCGGGCAAGGAAGAAUGCCUUGAGUCCAUGUCCAAGAGACAAAGGAAGAAGCUGCUGAAGCAGAAGCAGUGGGAAGAACAGAAAGAUCUACGGAGGCAGAAACGAAAAGAAAAACGCCAGAAGAGAAAACUAGAACGUCAGUCAAAAUUGGAUUCCAGUAGUGAGGGGAAUGACAGGAAGUGCAUGCGCAGGGAAGUUGUUCCUAGCACGCUUCGCCUCAUUGUGGACUGCAGCUUUGAUGACCUAAUGGUGUUAAAGGAUGUUAAGAAGCUUCACAAGCAGAUUCAGAGAUGUUAUGCAGAAAACCGCAAGGCAUUUCAUCCUGUGCAGUUUUACUUGACCAGCCAUGGGGGACAGUUGAAGACCAACAUGAAUGAAAAUGACAAAGGAUGGGUGAAUUGGAAGGAUAUCCAAAUUAGAACAGAGCACUAUAGUGAGCUAAUAAAGAAAGAAGACCUAGUAUAUCUUACCUCAGAUUCCCCAGACAUUCUCAGAGAGCUUGAUGAGAAGAAAGCCUAUGUGAUUGGAGGACUGGUGGAUCACAAUCACCACAAGGGAAUUACUUACAAAAAAGCUGUAGAGCAGGGAAUUGAUCAUGCACAGCUCCCACUUGGAAACUUUGUCAAAAUGAACAGUCGGAAGGUGUUAGCUGUCAAUCAUGUGUUUGAGAUCAUCCUUGCAUACCUGGAGAAGAGAGACUGGAAGGAGGCCUUUUUCAGUGUCCUGCCACAGAGGAAAGGGGCUGUUCCUUUGGGAGAAGCCAAUGAUUCGUCCAAACAUGUUCUGUCUGGAAAAGAAGAUGAAGACAAUUCAGACAGCAACUAGGCUUCAGAAUCAGAUGAUGGGAAAGAUGAGACAUGGAGUUCAUGGAAUAAAACUGGGACAUGAAGUAGUUUUACUUCAAAGACCAUCUGCGGCCCUUGUAAUGCUGAAUUGUCUCAGUGCUCUGUAGUCCCAGAGCUGUUUCUCUGCAUGAAGGGUUAAGUUAAAUGCAGGUUUUUACCCCAAAACUUCAAUAUAAUAGCUUCUUUAAAAAAAAAAAAAAAAAAAAAAGGCAAAUGCAGCAUUUAUUUUUUUUCCCAGGGAAGCUGUUUAAUUUAAUUUUUUUAACAUUAUUUUUUAUACAUACCAAGUUGGGUGUAAAUGCCAAGAGCAUUAGUACUUACUAUUUUAACGUGUACGUUCUUGUCACCAUUUCUGUUCAAAAGUUUUCUUAAAGCAAUGAAUGACAAGUGUUCCUUUGGCUCCAAAACCAGUACCACUAGUGCCUGCUGCAAAGUGUGCAUGAACACUCAAAACAAAAAUUCUGACUUUCCUGAGCAUCUCAACAGACAAUCAACUGAACUGCCUGAUUUAUGUAUUAUGUUGAGUUAGCUGGGGUCAGUAGGUGAAGUAUGAAUGUGGGGUUAAGCCAGUGCUUUAUACUUGAGCUUGAGAGGGAUGGGUACUAGCACAGGUGCAAAUCAUGUGCCUUGGUUGGCACAUGGUACACAGUGAGGUGACUCAAUCACUUUUGAUUAUUUCUUCCAUAUUCUCAGCAGAAUUUAUCACACAGCCUCAGAACAACACCAGGAGAGAGGGACUCUUCCUUACAGGUCGCUCAGAUUCAGUAUUCCUGUGUUAUCACAUGAUCCUGUAUGUAUUGUAUUGUCCAUCAAAUAUUUUUCCUUUAAAAGAAAAAUCUUGGUCUUGGCUGGAUGUUCUGAUUCAUCAAUUGACUUUAAAGCUUUGACGAAGUAGUGAAGUGGACACCUUGGAAAUGAGGCUGUGCUUUAGCCCUGUGAGCCUGCCUGUCCCUUUCUUCUCCAGGGAGUAGCCAGGUAGCUGCAGUGCCUGAGUAAGUGCAGCUCUCACACAGGUUUCUCAUGCCUUCUCAUGUUUCAAGAGCAACAUCCUAAGUGUUCCUCUCUGCUGAGCUGCAGUCAGAGGGCUGAUUAAAGUAUGACUUGCCUUGUGCCCCUUUUUCUUCCUCUCUUCCUUGUUACUGCUUUCAAGUGGAGACUGCAGGUGGGAUCCCUGUGGGUCCCUAUGGUCUGUAAAGGCUUGGCAACCAACUGGUUAUGACUUACACAUUAAGUGCACUUCUCUCUACACUUUCUAAAAGACAGAUAGAAAAGUUUCUUCUGGUAAAAGGAUCGAUUGCGGUUUGUUGCUGAAGUUCCAUAGGGCUUUUCUUAGGCUUUACAAAACUGUGAUUGCUUUGUUGCAGAAACUAGAUCAGCCUUUCCAUAAAAGCAUUGCUGGUUUAAUUUCUGUAACUAAAAGGGCAGUAUUACGUGUACCCAGCAUGUAUUACAUUGGUUCUCUAACUGAAAUGUGUCAAAUUGCAAGGAAUGACACCUUUACAGCUGAGGUUCUGCAUGUCAAUGCAUGUAGCACAUAUUAAACCUGAUCUAAGACUCCUCAGUCUGUCCAAGGUUUCCUUAAGAACAUUUCAUACAUGUGCCUCAUUUUCUCAGGCUUGAGAGUGUAGGAGCAGCUGGCUCAGACAAACUGGGAACUUUCAGAGACAUGCUGAAAGGGUUCCAAAGCAUCUUACAGAGUUGUUGUGCAACUUAAAACACAGCCUUACCAACUUUACCAGUGAAAUUAGAUACAUGCACACAUACAGGUGUUUUUAAAUUCAGCUGUUUCAAUCUGAAGCUUACCUGUCUAUGGAGAAAUAGAAGGAAAACAUGGUCUGGUGUGUUGCUGUUCAAAGGCUGCUCAUGCCAACUGCACAGUAUCACAGCAGCUCAGUAGCUGCUGCCUGUUCGUACACAUUGCUUGUCUCACCUACCUGGUCUUCCUCUCCCCCAUCACAAGAAGCAUGGCCAACAGCUCAAGGGAGGUGAUCCUGUUCCUGCUCUGCUCUGAUGAGAGCCCACCUGGACUGCUGCAUCCAGGGCUGGGCCUCACAGCAUAUGAAGCCCAUGAAUCUGUUUGAGCAAGUCCAGAGGAGGGCAUGAAGAUGUUCAGAGUGCUGGAGCACCUCUCCUGCAGACAGGCUGGAAGAGCUGGGGUUGUUAAGCCCAGAAGAGAAGGCUCUGGGGAGACCUUACAGCACCUUCCAGUACUUGAAGGGGGCCUACAGGGGAGCUGUAGUGGGACUUUUUACAAGGACGGGUAGUGAUAGGACAAGGGGGCGUGGCUUUUAACUGACAGAGGAUGGGUUUAGAUUAGGUAUUAGGAAGAAAUUCAUCACUGUGAGGAUGAGGACUUAAUUGUUUUUCAUUUUGGAUUUACAUAUUGUAUACAAGUUAUAGGCCUAUUUGGCACUCUGGUGUUCUGGCUUGUGGCAUGCUACUUAAACAAGCACAUUUAUUCUUCAUUUUCAAACUACAGACCUGGCUGUUCUCAAUAUUUUCAAGAUGGUCACUUGCAUAUUUCAGGCAUGGCCCACUAAUGCAUUACACUGAAGCAGAGAUAAAUCACUGUCCUGUUUUAUAAUAAGAAAUGACAAGGAAUUUGUUUCUGAUAACAGAAAUAAAUAUUUACAUGCAGUGCUUUAAGGCACAUCUUAAAGAAAUAUCUUUCUUUAAACCAGCUUUAGCUGUAUGAAGAUAAUGAAACAGUAGGAAAACACACUGGGAAAUUCUCUGCUUCACCCUGCUGUCCUUGGGGAAGAUCAGCUCUGACAUGCUUGUCUAAGACAUAGAGACCUCCAAUGUGAUUUGUUCCUGGGUCACCACGAUGUUGAAGUAGACAUUAACAUUAAAAAGACAAUCUGCAGAGAAGCUCUAGAAGAACAGGAUCCCCGUGCUUCACCACCAGGCGUCAUUGCUGUGCUUAGGAAAGCUCUGACUUUCAUCACUAAGCUUUGUAGAGUUUCAGGUACUGCCAGAACUAUUGCUCAGCAAUGCUGGGCAGCAAAUUACAUCCAGAGAUCUUUAAACCUGUGUAGUAAAGCAUUAAAAAGGCAAUAAAGAAGGAACAGCUCAAGGAAUCUGAAAAGAAAGAAACAAAAUAGGAAGGGGAUAUGGCAGGAAGUCAAACCUUCUGGCUGAAUGGGCAAACUUUCUUUUAGUUGCAUGCAGUGGGGAGGUCACAGCAAGAUGCCAUAAGUAAUCCUGUUGUUUUGGUCCCUUCCCACUGAGCCUCAAUCCCCUUGGUUCAGAUUUCUGAGGUCAGGGACCCCAGCAGUGUUUAUCUGCAUCCACGUUGUGACAAUAUCCCAAACACUGUACUGCUGCAGGUUACUGUACUUUCCCCCUUCUUGUCCAUUUCCUGAAUUCAGAUAAAUCUGCCUUUGCUUUGGCUUCCACGUGUCCCAUUUCAUAAUAUAUGCUCAUUGACCCUGUGUUUGCUUAUGGAGCAAUAGUGUUUGAUCCUAGACUCAACUCUGCAGAAGAGCAUCUGAGUGCAAGAGAGCCUCUCUGAACAGCCCCAUCUCAGAGGCUUCUGGUCACCAAGCUGACAAGGAUGGUGGGUUUUGCAGUUCACACUGGCAUGCUGCACAGGGGUGUAGCUGUCCAAGGCGAUCCACACUGAUGGUUAUUCCAAAAUCCUGUGUGCAUGACAAGGCACAUGUGCUCAGGGCAGUCUUGGGGCAAUGUGACUGUCAGCUGCAGGAGUGCAGGAUGUGGCAUUCCUAAAAUCCUCAGAGCUUGAGGAUAAGGUCCAGGAAGAUUGAAUAAUUCCAGUGUUUAUUUGAUUUAAACAGAACUUUUUAUUGCUCAGGCUGUGCUGUAGAUCACACCGAAGAUCACAGGUUCACUGCAUUGCUAUUGGUAUUGGUUCAUAUUAUUGUAAAGUAACCAUUUAUUCUGCAGGAGGAUUUUAAAAUAAGCUAUCAGUAAGCACACAUUCUUCUUGUCAUAAGUUAUUCUGAAAAGCAGAGACAGACUUCAGUGUGACUUCCAAAUCUAAAGCUGAAUAAACUUUGGCCCAUGUUUGAAAUGUGUACCUUAAUUGUCUCUCUUCCAAGAAAGUGGCUUUGUUAGCAGGAACAACAGCAUCUACUACUGACAAUCCUAGAGCCAAAUAAUCAAAUGUUUGAUUCAUAUUCAUUCCCUUUUGCUGCAUUUUUACUUCAAGUAGUGUAAGAUGUUCUUUUUAAUUUGCCUAGUUUGGCUGUGAUAUUUUCAUAGACCUAAAAGGAAGAAAAAGCAUUAUUUAAAAAAGGAGUGUUCAUACUUGAUUGAGUAUUCUCCUUGGAUAUUAUUUUCCCCUUCU